AUGGGCAUGAGUGGUGGAAGUAACAAUGACUUGUCAAGAAACCCGUACGAAGCAUCUCGAAGUUACGGCCAAGACAAGAUAGUCGACUGGCUAGCAUUUGGAAGUCGGCUUGAUCAAGUCAACUGUCAGUCCUUGAGUGCCUUUAACCUAGAAAAGACUGAGGGAUUUCCGUGGCCCGAAGCCGGCUUCACCAAGGACGCGCGCGAUGGAGACCUUCAAAGUACCAUCUCGGUCGACGAUACGCUUAGCCAUAGUGGCUCAAGUCAUGAAUCCCUAAUCUCGGACUCGUCUUCUCAAACAAGCUCUAGCAGCGCGACCGACCCAUUCGAUUUCUUGGACGACUCGGAUCGAGAUUCACACGUAUCUUCCAAGGCCAACUGUACUGAACAGGAUUUCUUCCGCCAAACCUCUGGGUUCCUCGGUGCGUCCACUUCCUCUACCCGACAAGAUCGAUCGCGCACUCGUCAAGUUAGAGUGGACGGCCUGUCAACCUGUGCGGAAUCUUCCGUCGAACAAAGCACCAGCCAAAUCUCGUCUGUUUGCCAACCAAACAAACAUGCGCCUCCGACUAUAAUUCGCAACAAUAAUGCCCGACGCUCGUCUUGUUCGAGCAAGACCAAGGGCCCGCCUUGUAAACUCAAGAGAGACACAGAAUGUACCGAUCAAUUUGUGUCGCUGCUUAUCGUUUUCGCAACGCGCCUCAUCACAGCUAUCUGGCCUCUCUCGGCUUGCCCUCCCAUGAUGACGGCAUGUUUCAACGGAGCCGGCGUACUUCCUCUACAGGUUUUCAUCCAAGAGACGCUGAAGCGGUCUAGAACAAGCUACUCAACCUUGCAAGUCGCCCUUUACUAUCUCGUCUUGCUCAGGGCCCGCCUUCCCGCCAAGGACUUCUGUCAUGAACAAGGAACUGGAUCUCCGGACCGGAAACAAUGUCGUGCUAUGCAAUGUGGACGCCGCAUGUUUCUUUCAGCGCUCAUGCUGGCCUCCAAGUACCUCCAGGAUCGUAACUACUCCGCCAGGGCCUGGAGUAAGAUAUCUGGUCUUCGAAGUACCGAGAUCAAUGAAAACGAGCGAGAGUAUCUAUCCUUGAUCGACUACAGCCUCCACGUCCCUAAGGAUGUCUUUGAUAACUGGAACAAGAUCGUCAUUGCUCUCAGCAAGCUUUCCAAGGAAGAACCACAAUGCAGGAUGGAUUUAUCCGACUCCGGCUCCCCUUUCGAUCAUUCUGAUGACGGCGCCUACAACACUCCAUCUGAGGCGGGUUCCCAUGACACCUUUUCCGACGAUUGGUGGUCUGAUAUCAUCUCCAAGCUCAAUGUUGAGACAAUCAAGGAUGCAUCUAUCACAGAAGCCUUCCUUGCUGCUCAGGUACCCCUGUAUAGAGGCUCAAGCUCCCCAUCUCUAACACCAGGAUUGGGACGAUGUGAACCUUCCUCGGCCGGACUGGAUCUUCUUCCAGCUUUCAUGGACAUUAACUUUAGUGAAAGCUUGAAGUCCCGCCAUGACCAACCCCGGUCGAGCGCUUUGCAGACUCCGACUCAAAUGAGCCCUGUACGAGCCAUGACCAUACCAAUGCAGCCCCGGCUUCGUAACUUGCCCACUCCGCAAUCGACACCAAAGCUUGCAGAUGGUCAUCAUGAUCAUGUCGCAUCUAAUUCACGUCUUUUGCGAUGCUCGGCUUCACUGGACGCAUUACGAAACAUGCGAAGGCAGUGCUUGGUGAAUGCGAAUCUGGAUCGCUGCCCCCCUCCAAGACGCCCCGUGUGCGAACCCUCUACCUCGAGUACUCUGAACCUUCCUGCAGAGAUUGUUUCAAAGUCUCCAGAUAGAGCGGCCACACCUGGCAUAUCCUCACCGGCCUCGGCCACCUCCGACUCCACCGCCUCCUUCACAUCAAGAUCUCGGUCAUCGUCAAUUUCCUCAGUGUCUUCAUGUUCAUCGUUCGCAUCCAGCUUUGCUCGACCGCGGUUCAGUGAUGGUUGCUCGUCUAGUUCUCCCUUGGCUGCAAGAUCUUGCCUGCCCAAUAGAGGUACUACCAGUCUCUCCAAGGUCCGUCUCCGUCUCCCUGACAAUUCAGGGAUUCGGUUCAUGGACGAGGGCUACGGCAGCGGAGAAGAUCCGCCAAGCAAGCUCUUCAAACAGGCGGUCAUCUCAUCGGAGGAGAAAGCGGUCGAGAUCUUAAUGUCCCUUUCGGUGCAAAGUGAGAACCAGAGCCAGUGUGUAACACCUACUCCACACAACUAUGAUGUCAAGGAUGAAGAAGCCAUAAUAAGUGCUCAAAGAGGACACAAAAGAAGCCUAUCCAAGGUCGAGCCACAAGUACAAUCUCAUGUGCGGGCUUUUGGAUGGGACCAUGCUAUACGAGGUGAUGUUCUUGAGGACUCUUCGCGUGCCUCGAAUGCGACACCCAAGCAGUGGCAAUGCCCAAGCAAGGCAUGGGCUGAGCCGAAGAGAGCGCUGCCAAACUCUUCGGACAGCAAACGAGUGGCAUACUGUGCCCUUCAACAAUACGCAUCUGCUCCUGACCUUGCCUCACAAUACCUGCAAGAUAUACGAAUCUCGGCGACUUCCUGA